AAAUAUCCAAGAGGCAAUAAUCAGUUAUUGGGUUAUGUAUUGCAUUGGUUUACAUGCCUUUACUAUUACAGCUAUGUGAAUUAACUCUCAAUGCCCAAACUAGGGAAUAAUGCAUGUGUGUGAUAUGUCAAAUUCUUUGUUAUAAUUCUCACAUUACUGGCUUUUGUUUAACUGGCCAGCCCCUCUGCGGCUGAUCAGUUAAACAAGAAGCCAGUAAAGACAUACUUAUAGAUGAGAUAUGAUUUGCAUUGUUAGACAUAAAAACUGUUAUGUCCUUCACGUCCACCCAACAGUUUAUGAUUUUGAAACAGUUAGCUUAUGGCAAGGUAUGAAAUCCUCUACAAUUACAUCUUAGUUCAGAACUCGAUCCUUGUUAUCUUCAUUCUUCUAAAUAGAAGUUAAAUUUCAGGAUAAGGGAAGGUACUUCGGUGUAUGAUCUAUGUUUUAAAUAAAAAGGACUCUUGCGGGGACACGUUACUUAGACAUAUAAACCAUUUAUGUGCCUUACGCUAUGGCUUAUGCUUUUGCGGCCAGAGUUCUCUCACCGGUCUUGCUCCACUUGAAGCUGUGCUCUUUGAUAUAGAUGGAACACUUUGUGAUUCUGAUCCGCUCCACUAUUAUGCCUUCCGUGAAAUGCUUCUAGAGAUUGGUUUUAAUGGAGGUGUUCCUAUAUCAGAGGAAUUCUUUAUUGACACUGUUGCUGGCAAACACAAUGAUGAUAUAGCCUUGGUUCUCUUUCCUGGUGAUCUGGAACGAGGUUUAAAGUUUGUGGAUGAUAAGGAAGCCAUGUUCCGGAGAUUGGCCGCUGAGCAACUGAAGCCUUUGAAUGGUCUUGAUAAAGUGAGGAAAUGGAUUGAAAAUCAUGGGCUGAAGAGAGCUGCAGUUACCAAUGCUCCAAGAGCAAAUGCAGAACUCAUGAUCUCAAUACUUGGUCUCUCAGAUUUCUUCGACGCUGUUAUUAUUGGUGGUGAAUGUGAACAUGCCAAGCCUCAUCCAGACCCCUACCUGAAAGGUCUCGAAGCUCUGAAGGCAUCAAAGGACCACACAUUUGUAUUUGAGGAUUCUGUUUCAGGGAUCAAAGCUGGAGUUGCAGCUGGGAUGCCUGUUAUUGGUUUAGCUACUCGAAACCCAGAAAAUUUAUUGAUGGAAGCAAAACCUGCCUUUCUGAUUAAGGAUUAUGAGGAUCCAAAAUUGUGGGCAGCUUUGGAAGAACUUGACAAGGCUACCAGUGCUCGUUCAGUUUGAAUUACUAGUGCAACUGACAGAAUUUUCUGAUAAAAACAAAUAGCGGGAUUCACGUUAAAUUCAGAGGUUCGCCUGCAUAAUUUUGUUGUAGGUGGCCACAUUAUACUACUAGUGCAUAAUUAGUGUUGCUUUGCAACCGAGAGCAGACAGUUAUAUUCUAUUUAUGUUUUGUAAUAAUGUCAUUAUCAGUAUGAACUCGCGGGUUAAGCCAAGCAGAUUGCUGAGCCCAAGUGAUAUUGUUUACACUUGACAGAAUCAAAAUAUAAAAUCUAUCACAAAUAAUUUACAAUAUAUAUUGUUUAAAA